AUGGCAUCCAGAAACAUCAAUAUCCAUCCUACAGGCUACCAUCCAGCCUCCCUCACAAAAACAAGCUUCGACAUCAUCAUUAUUGGUGGAGGCCCUGUUGCUAACUUCGCCGAGGCUCGUCUCGCCAAAGCUGGACUGAGUGUUGCCGUCGUUCAACACGAGCUCUACGGCGGUGAGUGCCACUUCUUUGGCUGCAUUCCGUCCAAAGCACUUCUUAGACCAAUCGAAGCUUUUGAAGCGGCGAGAGCAAUUGACGGAGCUCGAGAGGCGAUUGGCAACAACAAGCUGAAUGUUGCCGCCGUCUUCGCAAGAAGAGACAAGAUCGUAGAUGUGUGGGAUGACAGGAACUGGAUUUCCAUUUCAAACGGAGCCAGUGGUGCGACGCUUGUACGAGGUUUUGGACGUAUUGCGGGCGUCAAAACAGUUAGUAUUCAACCCCAUGGAGAGACGCAGAAAUACAAUAUUGAUGCGAACGUUGCGGUCAUUGUGGCCACGGGUUCGACACAUAACUUGCCUGCGAUUCCGGGCAUCGAAAGUCUUGAGAAAGGAACGGAGCUCUGGAUCAAUAGGGAUGCAGUCGCAGCAAAUUCCGUUCCUGAGAAUCUGAUCAUCCUCGGUGCUGGCGCUGUUGGGUCUGAGAUGGCAACUUUUUAUGCCGCCAUUGGCUCCAAGGUGACACUAAUCUCGUCCACUGCCGAGAUCUUGCCCAAGGUUGAGCAUGAGGCUGCGAAGAUUGUGCGGAAUAGCUUGGAGGCAUGUGGCGUCUCGGUAAGGCUAUCCUCGCGUGUCUCCAAGAUUGAGAAGCAAGCUGCCAACUCAUUCAUUGUCGUGUUAUCCAAUGGAGAAACCAUUCCAGGUUCUGUGCUGUUGAACGCAACCGGACGCAGGCCCAGAACCUUUGACUUUGGGCUCGACAGCAUCGGCCUAGUCGGAGAAGGUCAGCCAUUGAAAACGAAUGCAAGCCUCGCCGUUGCUAUAUCUCCCGACACUCAGCCAUGGCUUUAUGCGAUUGGGGAUGUGAAUGGUCUUGGCCCUACUACACAUAUGGGAAUUUACCAGGCUCGAAUUGCCAGUAACGCCAUUUUGACCUUCCUUCAGAAUACGAAGCCAUCCCUCAACAUUAGCAAUCCUGUUGGAAUUAAUGUCACAGAAGCCAAGGACUUUACAAACACAUUUCCCCAGGUUGUUUUUACGGAACCCAACAUCGCCGCCGUUGGCCACACACUUGCCUCUGCUGAAUUUGCUGGUCUGAAAGUCAGGGCUGUUGACAGCGAUUUCAACAUACCGGGGGCAUGGUUGUAUGGCGAUGCACAGCCUGGCUGGGCUCGAUGGGUCAUUGAAGAAAAAACCGAUAGGUUGGUUGGUGCAACAUUUUGUUGUAUCGAGGGUUCCGAAUUUGCAAAUGCAAGCCAGGUAGCCAUUUUGCGAGGAAUGACCUUGAGGGAGAUGGUACACGUUGUUCCCCCAUUUCCCACUCGUGGUGAAAUUUGGUCUGCCUUACUGAACGCCGCUGGGUUUUAG